CUCUAAAUUUGGCCCGAGUUCGUCGCCUUCCCUUCACACGUUCCUCUGUUCCUCUCUCUCCGCGGUUCCUGCGCCACAUCCCAGUUCGUCCCAUUGGCCUCGCAUUGUAUCCGAUUCCUGCAAGUUCCUUCCGUUUCUUUUCCCAAUCCAGAGCAUCGAAAACCGCGGCUUCUGCUGUCUUUCCCGUCGCGUGCACCCAAGAAAACCACCGGCCGGAAUCCAGAAAGUCGCCCGGCCUUCGUACGUUUCCCCAAUCCGGAGCCGCAACAAAGCGUUUAAAUUCCGGGAGCUCUCUGAUUUCUUGGAUUUUUUCCUCUUCUUCUGUUCUGUUGGGAAAGAGAACAGCGGUGCAAAAAGUUCUUUCUUGGGGCCGACAAAUGGGGAGGAGGAUGCGGCACGCCAUUGCCGCGCUCGGCGUCGCGUGCGCGGCUGCAGUCGUCGUCGCCGCCGCCGCCGACCGUGGGUUCUCGCAGGCCGCCGCCACCGAGGUGCAGCCGGAGGAAAUCAGCCUCCUCAACAAGAUUGCUAAUUUCCUGUGGCAGAGUGAUGGGAACUCGUACCACCACGUCUGGCCGCCAAUGGAAUUUGGAUGGAAAGUGGUGCUGGGAACAUUGAUCGGAUUCUUCGGAGCGUCAUUUGGGAGCGUUGGCGGCGUUGGUGGCGGCGGGAUCUUUGUGCCAAUGCUGACAUUGAUCAUCGGUUUUGAUCCCAAGUCAUCAACUGCUAUAUCCAAGUGUAUGAUCACGGGUGCAGCUGUCUCAACUGUGUACUACAAUCUCAAGCUGAAACAUCCGACUCUGGACAUGCCAGUGAUUGACUAUGACCUAGCACUGCUCAUCCAGCCUAUGCUGAUGCUCGGGAUCAGCAUUGGUGUUAUUUUCAAUGUUAUAUUCCCUGACUGGCUGGUCACAGUUCUCUUGAUAAUCCUUUUCCUAGGCACGUCAACUAAAGCUUUCCUUAAGGGUCUUGAGACUUGGAAGAAGGAGACCAUCUUAAAAAGGGAGGCUGCAAAACGGUUGGAGCAAACCAGUGAGGAACCAGAGUAUGCACCACUUCCUACUGGACCAGGUGCUGCAGCUGAUGUGAAAAUUCCAUCAGAUGAAGCGCCUUCACUUAUGAAGAACAUUUACUGGAGGGAGUUUGGCCUUCUCACGUUGGUGUGGCUAUCAUUCCUUGCCAUUCAGAUCACAAAGAACUACACUUCUACUUGCUCCACCUGGUACUGGAUCUUGAACUUUCUCCAGAUCCCGGUGUCAGUAGGAGUGACUCUGUAUGAAGCACUGGGCCUGAUGAACGGGAAGAGGGUGCUAUCAUCAAAGGGAGGUGAACAAACUACCCUGAAAUUUCAUCAGCUCUGCAUAUACUGCUUCUUCGGUGUCACUGCGGGGCUCGUUGGUGGUCUGCUAGGUCUUGGAGGUGGCUUUAUCAUGGGGCCACUGUUUUUGGAGCUCGGCAUCCCUCCCCAGGUUUCAAGUGCUACGGCAACAUUCGCGAUGAUGUUCUCGGCUUCCAUGUCUGUCGUGGAAUACUACCUCUUGAACCGGUUUCCAGUUCCUUAUGCUGUUUACUUUGUCGCUGUGGCGUUUAUUGCUGCCAUUAUCGGCCAGCAUGCGGUAAGAAAGUUGAUCAGUUGGUUAGGGAGGGCAUCCCUCAUCAUCUUCAUAUUGGCUUUCAUGAUCUUCGUCAGUGCAAUUUCUCUGGGUGGGGUCGGUGUCUCGAACAUGAUUCAGAAGAUCCAACGUCAUGAGUACAUGGGGUUUGAGAACCUCUGCAAGUAUGAUGCGUAGGAGGACCCAUGCAGGCUUAAUUAGAAGCAGUGAAUGACGUUGUGUGCAGUUAUAGACAAGCGAAGCCGGAAAUUAAUUGAAGUGUCGAUUCGUAAGGGUUGCCAAGAUUCAAAUCUUAACCCGUGUAAUGAGAAGGUAAUCUAGCCCCGCAAAAGCUCGGGAGGGGUGACCACUUGCAUUAUGAUUUGGGUCAAAUUCUGAGCAUACUGUACUUUUUUUUCUCCGUAUUCUAUUAUUUUCGUUUUGAAGUCAAUUCCGCGUGUAUCCUGUUGUAUUGUACCGAUCUUCUAACCGAUUUAGUAGAUCUGUCCUUCUGCCUGUGCAAAGUAUGAUCCUAGAUGUGCAUUUUGGUCCAAAAACCGUUCAGCCUGAAUGUUCCCAGAUAAUAAGUUGUAGAAGCCCUGAAGGCUGUGUUGUUAUUCUCA